AUGUUCAGCUUAAAAACCAUUAGUGGGGCCUUCUUAUCGAAAAAUACGUCUUCUCUUACAAGAAAUGUCCAUGGGAAUAGCAGGAUUGGCACCAGAGAGGUCGUAGGUCAUGGGCACAAUGGUUCUUGUAAUUACAAGGACGAUGCUCAUUUUCCUUUCCCAGCGAUCAGGUUCCAAGAAAACACAUCGCAAAUUCAAGCUCUUCGCGAGAAAGAGAAAGGUGACUGGAAGUUCCUGUCGCUCGAAGAUAAGAAGGCUCUAUACCGCGCGUCGUUCUGCCAGACCUUCGCCGAGUUCCAGCACCCCACCGGCCAAUGGAAGUUCAUCCUUGGCUGGGGCUUAUUCUUCACCUCCUUCGGCUUUUGGGCGAUGAUGUUCAAACACUUUUAUGUGGACGAACCUUUACCAGACAGCCUGAAGGAGGAAAACCAGAAGGCUCAGCUGAAAAGAAUAUUGGACUUGAAGAUAAAUAAUGUUGAUGGUCUCUCUUCGCGGUGGGACUACAACAAAGGCCGUUGGAAGGGUACCUUCGAAUCAUAA